GCCACAGCAUGCCCAAUGCUGGGCUCUGCAGCUGCUGGGGUGGCCGGGUGCUGCCUCUGCUGCUGGUCUAUGUCUGUUACCUGCUGCUCGGUGCCACCAUCUUCCAGCUGCUAGAGAGGCAGGCAGAGGCUCAGUCCAGGUACCACUUUCAGUUGGAGAAGCUGCGCUUCCUGGAGAACUACACCUGCCUGGACCAGUGGGCCCUGGAGCAGUUUGUGCAGGUCAUCAUGGAAGCCUGGGUGAAAGGUGUGAACCCCAAAGGCAACUCCACCAACCCCAGCAACUGGGACUUUGGCAGCAGUUUUUUCUUCGCAGGCACAGUCGUCACCACCAUAGGAUAUGGGAACCUGGCACCCAGCACAGAGGCAGGUCAGGUCUUCUGUGUCUUCUAUGCCCUGUUGGGCAUCCCGCUUAAUGUGAUCUUCCUCAACCACCUGGGCACGGGGUUGCGUGCCCACCUGGCCACCAUUGAGAGAUGGGAGGACCGGCCCAGGCGCUCCCAGGUACUGCAAGUCCUGGGCCUGGCUCUGUUCCUGACCCUGGGGACGCUGGUCAUUCUCAUCUUCCCACCUAUGGUCUUCAGCCAUGUGGAGGGCUGGAGCUUCAGCGAGGGCUUCUACUUUGCUUUCAUCACUCUCAGCACCAUUGGCUUCGGGGACUAUGUUGUUGGCACAGACCCCAGCAAGCAUUAUAUCUCAGUGUACCGGAGCCUGGCAGCCAUCUGGAUCCUCCUUGGCCUGGCGUGGCUGGCGCUGAUCCUCCCACUGGGCCCCCUGCUUCUGCACAGAUGCUGCCAGCUCUGGCUGCUCAGUCUGAGGCAAGGCUGUGGAGCCAAGGAGGCUCCAGGCAGGAGACCGAGGGGAGGCUCUACAGCAGCAAGAGGAGUCCAAGUCACACCCCAGGACUUCCCCAUAUCCAAGAGAGGACUGGGAAGCUGAGGACUCAUGGACUCUUCACACAGCCUGGACACUUCCUCCACCCCGGGUAGAGGGAUUUCGGGGACCUUCUCAGAAGCAAGGAGUGGACAAGCCUCUUGGUUAAGGCUCCUCUUACCUCCCAAGUUCAUGGACAGGUGGCAAUCAGCUGGGGUCCCUCUUUUGGGGUACAAAGGAAAGGACAGAGGUGUGGGAGACCCAAGGUGGUCUUGAGAUUGACAGACAGCAAGUCCUUGGAGAUAGCUCCCCAGUCCAAGAACUUAGGCGGGGUCCCCAAGACAAUAAAGUUGGUCUCUCCUAUCUCCU